ACCACCCACCGUCCAAAUCUCAAAUCACGUUUCAUCACAAGUCUCUAACAUUAAAUCACGUGUUUAAACCCACCCAUUCAAACCAUGAAAAGAAGAAAAAAAAGUACAUAUUCUAAGUUAACACUUUCUCAACAUCUUCAAUUGUCUUCAUCAUAAUUCAGCAAGUUUAGAAGACGAAAUUCAUCCAUGGCUGAUAAUUCAACUUCAACAACAACCCUCUUUUCUCCUUACAAGAUUGCAAACUUCAACUUAUCUCAUAGAGUAGUGUUGGCUCCGAUGACAAGAUGCAGAGCCUUCAAUGAAACUCCAAACGAUGCUCUUGCUGAAUAUUAUCGUCAAAGAUCAAGUUCAGAGGGACUUCUCAUCACUGAAGGAACCAGCAUCUCUCCCUCCGCUCCCGGGUUUCCCCAUGUACCUGGAAUAUAUUCAGAGGAGCAAGUUGAGGCAUGGAGAAAUGUUGUGGAGGCUGUUCAUGCCAAAGGCGGCAUUAUCUUCUGUCAGCUAUGGCAUGUUGGCCGAGCUUCUCAUUCCGUGUAUCAGCCUGGUGGUGCUGCGCCCGUUUCGUCCACGGCCAAACCCUUUUCGAAGAGGUGGACAAUUCUCAAGCCAGAUGGCUCCUUUGGCCCGUACUCAGAUCCUCGCGCACUUACCACUUCUGAGAUACUAGAAAUCGUUGAACAUUAUCGCCAGUCAGCUAUUAAUGCAGUUCGAGCAGGUUUUGAUGGAAUUGAAAUUCACGGGGCACACGGUUAUCUGAUAGACCAAUUCUUGAAAGACGGGAUCAAUGAUCGAACAGAUAAGUAUGGCGGAUCACUUGAGAAUCGAUGCAGAUUCUUAAUUCAGGUGGUUCGAGCCGUUGUUUCUGCUAUAGGAGCAGAAAGAGUUGGUGUAAGAAUUUCACCAGCAAUUGAUCAUCUUGAUGCUACUGAUUCUGAUCCACUCGGAUUAGGCUUAGCAGUGAUUGAAAGACUAAACAGUCUCCAGAAAGAGCUUGGUAGAAAACUCGCAUAUCUCCAUGUCACUCAACCUCGAUACACAGCUUAUGGCAAAACUGAGCAUGGUAGUAAAAAAGACCAAGACGGAGUUCAUUUGACAAGGAAACUGAGAAUAGCUUAUGAUGGAACAUUCAUGUGCAGUGGCGGAUUCAAUAGGAAGUUAGGAAUGGAAGCUGUAGCCCGAGGCGACGCGGAUUUGAUAUCGUUUGGUCGUCUUUUCAUCUCUAAUCCAGAUUUGGUCUUAAGGUUUAAGCUUAAUGCACCUCUAAAUAAGUAUAACAGGAAGACAUUUUACACGCAGGAUCCUGUUAGAGGUUACACAGAUUAUCCUUUUCUCAGCAAAGGAAGCGGGACGGAGCUAAAUGCGCGUCUGUGAUUGUUCUUUUUGCUUUAUCAUUUUGAGUUUGUUACAUGAACAAUUAGAGUCUCAAAAUCUUAAGUAAAUGGUGUUAUUAUGAAUGCAAUCUCACCUAUGAUGGAUACUAAAUAUGUACUGUAUAAUUUGUACCUAGGUGAAAUUAUAGCUAUAGAAAUUAAGAAUAAUUACAGUAAAAUUUUGACAGGACGAUCCAAAUUAGAUUGCAGAUUCUGGUCCUUUCUG